AUGUUUUAAAAGAACAAUUAAGCAUCUAAUACAUUAGAAGAAUAAAAUAAUUCAUAAGAAUCAUAACAUCUCCAAAAUGAAAAUCAGAAUAUGUAGCCUAACUAAAAUCAAUCAUUAAAUUAUUUUUGGCGUAAUAAUCCAUAUUCAGAACAAUAAAUCUCAUCGAAAAAUCAAAUAUAAAAUCUAAUUCUUAUUAUUUAAGGCAUUCCAAACGAUAGAUUCAUUCAUAAAUAAUUCUUAGAAAAAACUUGCAAUAAAAUUUAAUAAAAAUUUUUAUCUGAAUACGAUGAUGUUACAGAAAUUGAAUAAUUACACCAAAUAAUCUAGUUGUAAUAUACCAAAAGAUAUCAAGAAUAAGAAUCUUAAUUAUCUAAAACCCCAAACCUUAUUUAUAAUUGGGAGGAUAAAGUAAAUAUUUCACAACUCUAUUAAAUAAUGAAAAUAAUUAAAAGUCCUAAAAGAAGUUUGUAUAUAACAAAAGAUAUAACUAAAGAAGUCUAUUAUGAUGAAUUAAAAAAAAAUCUAAAUUUAGGAGAAUUAGAAUAUUCAAAUAGCUUAAAUAAUUUAUAAAAAAGUCUGGAUGGUUAAGCAAUUUAAAAAGAGUUUAAAGUUGAACCUAUCUAGGUUCUUAGGAAGCAAUUAAAUUUAAUUAAAUAGCAGGAAUUUAAUUAGGAAAUAACUGUAAAUUCUAUUUUAUUAAAUAAAUAGUUGAUAUGCUUUGAAGUUUAUAAAAUAUUGGCAUUUCCUAACUUGUACUUAAAUUAAUGUUAUAAAUAUGACGUUGAAGCUUAAAGUGUGCAUUUUUAGCUCCCUAAGAAUAUAAAUAUUGAGGUUAGAUCUAAAGAGUUCGAAUAAACUCCUCUUUUGAAUGAAAAUUCAAUAAUGAGCCAGAUUCCAUCCUCUCUAUUUUAGAGCAAUAUAUUUAAAUUUCUUGGCAUUAAAGAUAUUUUCAAAUUGAGAAUAGUGUGUAGAUAUUUUAAAACAAUGUAAUAAUAUUCUUAUUGAAUUUCAGAGUUGAAAAAUACUGGUAUAGAGUUUCAAAGAAAGAAAUUAUUUAGUAUGAAUUAGCAAAGGAUUUAGCUUACAAUAAUGAACAUUUAAAGAAUUUAUAGACUACAGCAUAAACACUUAAAUAGAAACUGCGAACUUGUGUUGAUAUUCUACUAAACUUUAUUAAAUGGGAAGAUUUACAUGAAUAAAUACAAACUGGUUAAAUUGAAAUUGAUAUUUAUAGACCUAUUAUUAUGAUGCUUAGAUUAUUUAAUAAAUAAUAAAAGAUUUGUUGUUCGUUUGAAAUUGAUGGUUAAUUAAGUAUUACUUAAUAAGCAAAGGAUAUUAAAUAACAGAUUCUUGAUUACUUAAAUAUGGAAUAUUUACCUUUAAGUUUUAAAUAAAUGAGACAACUUUAAUAAUAGGCAUUAUCAGCACCUGAAUUUAAUGUCACAGGCGCAAUUCAUUCUGAACUAAACUUGAGUUAAUUACUUACAUUUCUACUUUAAGCUCUAUAUUUUCAUGGAUGGAUGGCUUAAGUAAUUACAAUCUAUGAGGAAAUAUUAAAAUACAGAAACAAGUAAAGAUUUCAUUUUAAAAAAUAGACAACUUUAAAUUUUUGAUUAAAAACAGAAUUAUAAUAAGGACUUCAUAAAAUAAGCAUGUAAAUAUAUUUAUAAAAUGAAUGAUUUUUCACCUAGCUAAGAUACUGAUGAACAAAUAGAAAUAAUGACUCAAAUUGUAAUAUUGACUUUUCAUAUAUAAUAUAGGGUCAAAUUUUCUAAGAAAGUUUAAGACAUAUAAAUUUUUGCCCAAAUGCAAAUCCUUAUACUGACUCCUAUGGUGUUAUAUAAUAAAAAAACGAUGUUAUCGAAAUCCAUUUUGAUGUCUAUUUCUAAAUUGAACUAUUAACAAAUGUUUGUUCUCGCGAAAAAUACUAUUAUGAAGAUGUAGUAGAUUAAAAUUUAGAAAUCUAAUUUAAUCAAGAUAAGGAUAAUUCUUCUAAUCAAGAAGACAAGGAAUAAAAUUAUAUAGGGGAGGAAAAGUCUAUUUAGCAAGAUGAAGAUAUUAAUCCAAGACAAGAUUUAUAUCAUUAAGUUAAUGAGAGUAAUUGAUAAAUAUUUUAUUUACA